AUGCCGCUCAACAGCUAUGAGUCGACCCUACUCGCCGCACUUUUCACGAGCAUCUUAUUCGGUUUCUACAUCUCCUCUGCCCUGAGAUGUUCUUCUAUCCUAUGGAAUCGAUUCAAGGCGAAGGGUAGAGUUCACCCCUAUUUGCUGGCCACCCAUAUCGCGUUAGUGUUGCUAGUGACGACGCGCUGUAUUGCUGUCCUCGUACGGGCAAUGCUACCUUCCAUAAACAAGACAUACACGAUCCGAAAUAUGUGGACCUGGGACACUUUGUUCGUGGAUAGUUUAUGGAUGAUUGCUUUGCUUCUAUCCGAUGCGUUUGUGUGUUUUCGAGCCUACAUUGUAUGGGCCCGAAACAUCUACGUUCAAAUCUUCCCUAUCUCUCUUCUCAUCGCGAACGUCGGCAAGUCUCUUCCUUUCACGUCUGAUAUCGACAUCCAUCUGAUUAUCGUCUCUCUAUCACCUACAGUCCUCAUGGCAUACAGACUCUACGUAGAAGCAGAUUCCACACUAGCUAAACAGAACGAAGCAAAGUAUUAUCGCAGAUUGGAUAACAUCAGUAUAAUAUUCAUGAUUGCGACUCUCGUUCUGAACAUCUUCAAUACCGGCAUUAUUGCAUAUCGAAUUUGGAGUGUUCGUCGAAGAACUGCGUCUUCAAGAACUGUACCACAGGACGCAUUAGCCAAUCUCGUUUCGCUCCUGGUCGAAUCAGGAUUUUUCCUGACAAAGAAAACAGCUGCCAUCUACACUACCGUCAUAGUAGUAGAUAUCAUACUCCUUGGCCUAGGGAAAAUCCUAUUCCUAGUAUUCACAGACAUUCAGACACCACUUAUAGGAAUCGUGUUCUCCAGCAUCAUCAUCAGCGUAACCCAAGGAAGUGCAUUCGGCGAUACGAGUCUAAGUGGUGGAACCAGUGGUGACCAUCGCUACCACAAUCUCCGAGUCCUGUAUCCCCAGGGUUUGGAAAGACUCAUCUAA